GUCUUCAUGUAGCGGGGAAGACUAUGUAUAAGACUCAGGAGGCAAUAGAAGGUUUUUCUGGGAAUUAACCAAGGCACCAUGUCUUUCCAACCAGUCUUUGAUAACUUCGCGACCAGGCCGAAAACUGCGACUCUCAAAAACCCAAGUGCAACGUUUCAUGCACUCAUCCGGGACCAAUUCUCCAUCCUAACAUGGCUCCUGCUCGGUGCUUCCAUCCAAGCCCUAGCAUCAGCCUUCCUACCCUACCGUAACAUCGUCCUAGUCCUACCCAUCCUCCUCAUCCUCAGCUACAAGUUCACCACCACUCUCUUGACCCUAUCCGGCAUCCUCUCCAACCCUCGCAUGGAAUCCGUAAUACCAAAACGCACCUCUAUCGUCCUGCCCGACGAAAAAAGGAUCCCAAACAGCAUAGGCGGCAGCACCGUCUGCGCCAUCAUAUUAGGUGUCGUUAGCAACCAUCCCCUCGGCAUGUUUGGCCCAGGCUUCAAAGGAGUGGGCGACCGUUUUGACGCAAUGAUUGAGGAGCUGAGUCGAGAUGCGACGAAGCAUGGGUUUCUCGGUACUUCGGCGUGGCUCGGUGCCUCGGAGCGCACCACAUCGAACGAGUACAUGAGUAUUGUGUAUUUUGAAAACGAGGGUUAUCUACAUGCGUUUGCGCAUGGGCCGCUGCACAGCGAGGCGUUGCGGUGGUGGCGUGCGACGGAGAAAGAACACGGGCAUCUUGGGAUCAUGCAUGAGGUGUUUUCUUGCCCCAAGAAGUCUUGGGAGGGCAUUUAUAUAAACUAUCAACCUACUGGUCUCGGCACGACGGCAAAGGAGGUGACCAGCGAGACGGGGCAAAAGUCUUGGGUUAAUCCUCUUGUUCGGGUGAGUGGGAACAAGCUGCUCUAUAGUAAGGGCCGGAUGGGUAGGAGCGUUGGCGAGAAGGAGUGGGACGAGAUGAAGCCAUCAGAAGUUGCUGCAUAAAGUAUGUUGAACAUUGUGGCGUUGGGCAACUUGCGUUGCUCUUCCCUUCGAUGGAAGAGGAUUUUCAAAGCGCCUACGCCCUAGUUGAGCUAUCGCUGGUUCUGUGAAAGUACU